UUUAUAUAGCGUUUGAAAUUUCAGUACGCAACGAUUUCUUUACGACGAUGUUACCUAUUAUCUUAUUUUCACUAAUUAUAGUUUCUGUCUCUCAGGCUUCGAAAUGGGACACCCUUUCAGCAACCAUCGCCGUCGUGGAGUUUGACCCAAUCUAUAGUGAAGUUCUCACAGACGAUGAAAGAGUACAAGAGAACCUCCGCAAGUACACAGAUAUACUAAAUGUUAUAGUGGGCACAAACAAUAAGACACUCGAUAUGAUCAUAUUUCCGGAAGGAAGUCUUCGAGUUGUUCCUGAAACAUCCGUUGAAAUGGCAACAGGAGACAACCCCUCUUACGACUCCAAAGAAUAUCCAGAUUAUAUGAAAACUUUAUCUUCCAUGGCAGUCAACUUUAGCACAUAUCUCGUCACUAACAUAGUUGAAAAAGUGAAGUGUGAUGACGCGUCUUCUAGUGAUAGCGAAAAUUGUAAGAACACUGGGUACUACUAUUACAACACAGAUGUGGUAUUUGAUAGAAAUGGUACCAUCAUCAGUCGCUAUCACAAGUACAACCUUUUUGGUGAGUACGCAGUGGACAGACCUGAUGAACCACAAAUAGAAACCUUUGAAACCGACUUUGGUGUCAAGUUCGGCAUCUUCACUUGCUUUGAUAUUUUAUUCAAAAGUCCAGCUCAACCCGUUUUGAAUGAGAACAUAGAUGCCAUCGUCUACCCCACCAACUGGCACUCAGAGCUGCCAUUUUUAACCGCCCUUCAAAGUCAGCAGAUGUUCGCUUAUACUCACGAAAUUAUGUUGUUUGCUUCUGGUGGAAAUCGACCAGCAGCGUCCAGUGGUGGAAGCGGAGUUCACAGAAGUACUCACGAUACCAUUUUGCACACAAUUGUUGCUGAAGGAGGUUCUAAAACUUUAAUAUAUGAAAGUGUGGACGGAACUGUGGUGGCUCCCGAAGUUCAGGACGUCGACGUUUUGGGUAAAGAAAUGGACGCUUUCCCUCUAUGGAUAGAUGACAGUCUUCAAAAUUUCACGUGGACACCUAUAAACACGACCCGUUCCCGAACCUUCGAAGAUAAACUUUGUCAUGGAAAUGACACAGAAAACCCCUUCUGUUGUAACUUCAACAUCACUUUGACUACAAGUGAAGAAACCGGUACUUCUUAUUCUUACCUCCUGGUGGCUUUCUCAGGCCUUCGUCACUACCCCAACAUCAGCGACGGUGGUCUUGAAAUCUGUGGAGUCAUCGCUUGCCUCAACUUUUCCAUAUCUUCGUGUGGCCAAAGAUUUCCGAAAUACGACGAAAUUGUAUGGCCUGUAACGUUUGAGGACAUCACCAUUACAGCUAGUUUCGAAGUCAAUGAUAAUAAGACGCAGUUUCCCAAUACUUUGUUGAGUUCAAUUCGACCGAUUAACGCGAAUGAGACGGAAUGGAGUGGCAAAAAAGUCGAAGAAGAUGGGAAAACGGUGAACGAGAGGACGUUCGCUCUUAAGAAAUCACAAAAUCGGCUGUUGACUUUUGCUAUUUAUGGACGAGAUUUCGGACAAGAUGUGUUUCCAAGAGAUGAUAAUGGUGAUGAUAAUCAUACAGGUGCUGCAAGUUCCAUUUCAAGUACUUUGAUAAUGUUGAGUUGUUCUCUGGUCUUGUCUUUAAUGCUACAUAUGUAAAAUGUAUGUACAUAGUGGAUGCAUUUAUCAUACUACUCGUCUUAGGAGUAUAACAUAAAGUUUACUUGUCACAUGUCAUUAAAUAUUUAUAACUAUUUAGUUAGUGGAUGUCUGGGUGAAAUAAAAUAUUUUUCAAUUCAAAAAAA